CAGCCUUACUUCUUAUCCGUUAGCGUAUCAAAACCAUGUUUAGAAAAUGACCUCCAUCAGCAGGAAGCCUGUUCGAUUGGCUAUGCUCGGCUGUGGCCACAUGGGAAAGGCACUCCUAACAGCCCUUCUACCAUCGGUUGGCAAACCAGAAAGCCCCAUAUCUCGCAUCUCAGUCGCCGUACGAAAUCAAGCAUCCUCGGAACGAUUGAGUGCCGAGUUCAGCCACAAUACCGCACCAAUAGACUUUACGAGCAAUGCCAAUGUGAAAGUCGCAGAGAAUGCCGACGCCGUGCUCCUAAGUUUUCCACCGUAUCUUGUCAACGACGUUCUUGGAGCGCCUAGUAUGCAACGUGUGCUUGAACGAAAGUUGAUAAUUAGCAUUCUGGCUGGUAUUUCGACGGGCCAUAUUAAGGAUGCGAUUCAUGGCGCUGGCACUGAUGGAAAAAAGAGAACCGAGGACAAGACUACAGUGAUUCGGGCCAUGCCGAACAUCGGGACUCGAAUUCACGAAUCCGCUUCUCUCCUUGCUAUCCCCCACAACCCUGCUGAUAACAGAUAUUUGAACCUCGUCUCAUGGAUAUUCCAACACGCCGGGAAAGUAUAUCCUAUCCCAGAUAGCAUUUUUGAAGCGGCUACGGGGGCGAGCGCGGUAAGUUAUGCAUUGACUACCGUGGCGACUGAGGCUAUCGUAAACCAAUGCGUGGAAGAAGGCAUUCCAAGGCAUACAGCACUGCAUAUUGCAUCACAAUACGUCCGGGGGGCAUCUCCUUUGGUAUCAACUGGUAUGGAUCCUGCGCAUUUAGGGGAAUCUUUAUCGGCACCGGGGAGCAUAACUGGCCAGGCAAUUUCAGAGUUUGAACAAGGCAACCUACGAACCAUGCUGGCGGAUACUGUUUUUAAGGCGGUGCAGAAAGCGAAGAGUAUGGGAUUUCAGCAGCAUAGUGGAUAG